AUAAGUUCUUGCCAUAACUACUCGGUUGUUCUACCAUUUCUAAUGUGUGGGAAGAUUUUUUUUCUUUUUUGCAUGAAUCUGUUGUGUUGCUAGGUUUUAAACUGUCUAUUUUAUUGCACUGCUGAACUAUGUUUAUGUUCAUUUAACUGCAUAGCUUACAUUGCCUUUCUCAAGUAGUGGUGCGCCAUGUUUGUGUCCUGCAAAACCUUGGCAGGGAAUAGUCCGGCAAUUCUGCUGAGAGAUUUAAGAACAAAAUGGAAUAGCCAUUCAAGGCUCUUAUGCUCGAUUGUUUCUUGUAAUUGGAGAUGUAGUUCUCUCAAAGAAACGGAUUAAACUCGGUUGACAUUCAAUUAAAUCAUACGCUUUCAGGAAAUGUUGUUGAACAGUUUUAAGUUAAUCUAGAGAACAAGCUGGCAUUUUGCUUUGCUAGUAAAGAGACGAGCAUCCAAGUUCUAGUCUAGCUGGGCUGAAGUGCUGAACAUAUAUAGGACCCCAUUUGGUUCAAGGAUUGAAAGGCCUUGUAAAUACCCCGCAUCCUUAUAUCCGCACAGUUCCUAAAGCAGCACCAGCAUGUCCUCUUUAGAACAUGGAAGAAGCGUCUACCGUGUCUCUAGAUAUUGUCUGAAUUUAGACUUUCCAGUUGUUUCUUAUCGUAAUAUAAACAGUAUUAAAAGAAGUUGGGCUAGUCCGUCACUUUUCCAUAGCCUUCUCUGGAUAUUUCUCCCCUCUUCUGGCAGUAUUAUUAGCAGAUAAAACAGAAGGAACGGAAUGAACAAAGUAGAAAUAAGGUCAGUUAUAUGGUGUUGUGAAACAGCUUUUAAGUUUGCAGGAAGAGGUUGCAAAAGAAGCAUCUUUUAGAAUGGAUGUAUACAAGUUCUGCCCUCAAUGGUUAGCCUCUCCUUUCUUGCUAUUCAUUCAGAGCAAACCUAGUCCUAACCUAUCCAGGAGUAGAUAAAUUGUGAUUAACAACGAAUAUCAGGACUUCAUUUAACUUCAAUUUCUCCACUUCUUCACCAUGUUAGCUAUUCAAUAGUGCGCAACUUUCCAAACUUUCCAUUAGGUCUGUCAGCAUUUACUCAUGCUGGUUGUAAGUGGGGGAGCCCUCAUUCUUAAAAGUCGAUUCAGCGUAAAUUUCUCAAUUCAACGGGAUCUAAUAUGAUUCUAGUAUGUCUCAUCUAGGAUUAAAUAUCUGCCAACGCCUGAUUUUAAAUCUUAACUAAGUUUACUGCAAAAGACCCCCAAAGAGAGUAUCUCUCUGAAAGCUCCCACAAGGGUAAAUAUUGCAACUUUGCUGUUGAUGGCCAGUAUUGAUCACCAACGUAUCUGUGCAUAAGUAUAUUCUCGUUCAGGACUCUGUUUUUGUUAAAUAAGGUUGUUUAUGGAUUUUGUAAAUUUCAGCAACAACAUUCUCUAUCCCAAGGAAGAUAAGAUGCAGAAGAUUCUCCUCUAUGCAUGCCGCAGCUGUGAUCACCAGGAGGUUGCUGGUAAUAAUCGUGUCUACAGAAAUGAGAUAUAUCACUAUGCUGCAGAAUACACACAAGUGUUGCAGGAUGUGGCUUCAGACCCCGCUCUGCCUCGGACUAAAUCUGUUUGUUGUGCUGUAUGCGGCUAUGGGGAAGCUGUAUUCUUACAGGCAACCUCGGGAGAUGAGGGCAUGACAAUGUUUUAUGUCUGCUGCAACCCAAACUGCGGGCAUCGGUGGAGAGAUUGAAACUUGUCUGCCCAGAAUUUAAAGCUCUCAAUGCUGAUGCAUAUGGACUUGUGUUAUUUCACCCCUGAAUCCAAAUAUGACUGAUGCAAAUACAGACUUGUGUUGGUUUAGCUUCAGAAUCCCAUUAUGACAUUAGUUCAGAAUCCUGCCAUUGGCGCUGUAGGCUAUCAGAAUUGCUGAUAGUACUCGUAAGCCAGCUACGAGAAGUUUUGGAAUUUUGUUUUAAAUUAGCAUGUUUUUUUAAAAAACAAAUAUUGAUGAAAAAAAAAUUGGUAAAAUAAUAUAGUUUUUACA